GAUCUCGAGAUGGGCUGAUGGGCAGACACUUCCCACGUUUGGCGUGCACUCUGCCAGUCUCCUGCCCCGCUUCAGUGAAACUGCCACCGCAUUUGUAAUAGUUGCAAACAUUCUUUUUGCACCCCCUCAACCAGAAACCAAUCUGGAGCUGUACUUUUGGGGGGGGGGGUGUGUGUGCAGGUGAUCGAGCAAAUUAGGAGAGAGUGAGAGAAAAGCAGAGGUAUGAACAGGACACGCUGCAAAUUUUUGCACUGGAGAUGAUAAUCCAGGAUCAAAAGCCUCUGCUCUCAGCUCUGAGGCUGUCCUUUAAGGCGCUGCUCGGUUGCCCCCUCUGGAGAAUGCAGUGGUGGGGGUCAGAUCUUUGCAUUUGCACAGUGUAAUGGGGGGAAAAACUGAAAGCAACCGCCGACAUUGCAAAGCAGGUGGAUAGCAGCGCGUGAGCGAGCGCCGGGGAGAGGAUGCACAGGAGGAGAAAGGCAGCAGCGCUGGCAGCCGGCUCGGAGGCACAGCUGCUUCUGUGAAUCCACCGCACUCCUCCCCGUGCCUGCAGCCUGCGAACAAAGGAACCCAGCGGCGGGGGGUGCAUCCGAGCCGGAGCCUUGCCCUGCAAGCUGCAUCGCGGCCCCGCCGCGCAGGGCUCUUCCCCCCCGCGCCCGCUCUCAGCGCUGGGAAGGGAGGGAAGGCGGAUCGGGCUCAAGAUGGCUUUAGCCCGGCUCUGCGCCCUGCUUGCCGCCUGCUGCUGCUGGCUCCCGCAGGCUGCCGCCGCCGCCGCCGGGCCCGCGGAGGCGGACGGGGACCCGUCCAAGGAGCUGGAGUGCAAGCUCAAGAGCAUCACGGUGUCGGCGCUGCCCUUCCUGCGGGAGAACGACCUGAGCAUCAUGCACAGCCCCUCGGCCUCGGAGCCCAAGCUGCUCUUCUCGGUGCGCAACGACUUCCCCGGGGAGAUGGUGGUGGUGGAUGAUCUGGAGAACACCGAGCUGCCCUACUUUGUGCUGGAGAUCUCGGGGAACACCGAGGACAUUCCCCUGGUGCGCUGGAGGCAGCAGUGGCUGGAGAACGGCACGUUGCUCUUCCACAUCCACCACCAAGAUGGCACCCCCAGCCUGCCUGGCGCUGACCCCACCGAAGAGCCCCAGACUGAGUCAGCGGAAGAGGAGCUAAGGAUCCUCCACAUCUCCGUUAUGGGGGGGAUGAUUGCCCUGCUGCUCUCCAUCCUGUGCCUGGUGAUGAUCCUCUACACCCGCCGGCGUUGGUGCAAGCGACGCCGGGUGCCGCAGCCCCAGAAAAGUGCCAGCGCAGAGGCGGCCAACGAAAUCCACUACAUCCCCUCAGUCCUGAUUGGGGGUCACGGGCGGGAGAGCCUGCGCAACGCCCGUGUGCAAGGCCACAACUCCAGCGGCACGCUGAGCAUCCGUGAGACCCCCAUCCUGGACGGCUAUGAGUACGACAUCACUGACCUGCGUCACCACCUGCAGCGCGAGUGCAUGAACGGCGGCGAGGACUUCGCCAGCCAGGUCACCAGGACGUUGGAUUCGCUGCAGGGCUGCAAUGAGAAGUCUGGCAUGGAUCUCACGCCAGUUUUUGCCUUAAAUUCUUCCUGCUCAGGAAGCGACAACGCCAAGCUGUCCUUGAUGAACAAGUACAAGGAUAACAUCAUCGCUACCAGCCCCGUGGACUCCAACCACCAGCAGGCUACCCUGUUGUCUCAUACCUCCAGUAGCCAGCGGAAGCGGAUCAAUAACAAAGCGCGAGCUGGCUCAGCAUUUCUGAACCCCGAAGGAGAUUCUGGGACAGAGGCUGACAACGACCCCCAGCUGACGUUUUAUACUGACCCAUCCCGGAGCAGGCGGCGCAGCAGAGUCUCUUUGUUCGCUGCUGUUCCAGUUGGCUCGCCGAGAAGUCCCGUCAACAAGACCACGCUGACCCUGAUCAGCGUCACCAGCUGCGUGAUCAGCCUGGUGUGCUCGUCCCACAUGAGCUGCCCGCUCAUCGUCAAGAUCACCCUGCACGUCCCGGAGCACCUCAUUGCCGACGGGAGCCGCUUUAUCCUGCUGGAGGGCAGCCAACUGGAUGCCAGUGACUGGCUAAACCCUGCCCAGGUCAUCCUGUUCUCCCAACAGAACUCCAGCGGGCCCUGGGCACUGGACCUCUGUGCCCGACGGCUUCUUGACCCGUGUGAACACCAGUGUGAUCCAGAAACCGGUGAGUGCCUUUGCUAUGAGGGUUACAUGAAGGACCCGGUGCACAAGCAUCUCUGCAUCCGGAACGAGUGGGGCACGAACCAGGGACCUUGGCCAUAUACAAUAUUCCAGCGUGGAUUUGACUUGGUGCUGGGAGAGCAGCCUUCGGAUAAGAUCUUUAGGUUCACCUACACCCUGGGGGAAGGGAUGUGGCUGCCACUGAGUAAGAGCUUUGUGAUCCCGCCGGCCGAACUGGCCAUCAACCCCUCAGCCAAGUGCAAAACGGACAUGACGGUGAUGGAGGAUGCGGUGGAGGUCAGGGAAGAACUGAUGACUUCCUCCUCCUUUGAUAGCCUGGAGGUUCUCUUAGACUCCUUUGGACCGGUUCGGGACUGCUCCAAGGACAACGGGGGCUGCAGCAAGAAUUUCCGUUGCAUCUCGGACCGCAAAUUGGACUCGUCCGGUUGUGUGUGCCCAGCAGGUCUCAGCCCUAUGAAGGAUGGCACUGGCUGCUAUGACCGCCACGUUGGUGUGGACUGUUCGGAUGGGUUCAAUGGUGGCUGCGAGCAGCUGUGUCUCCAGCAGAUGGUGCCUCUGCUGGAAGAUCCCGCUCUGUACAAUAUCCUCAUGUUCUGCGGGUGCAUUGAGGAUUACAAACUUGGAGUGGAUGGGCGGUCGUGCCAGCUGAUCUCGGAGUCCUGUCCAAAGGGAGGUGACUGCGGGGAGAGCCGGGAGCUGCCCAUGAAUCAGACUCUGUUUGGGGAAAUAUUCUACGGGUACAACAACCACUCCAGGGAGGUGGCAGCUGGACAGGUGCUGAAAGGGACCUUCAGGCAGAACAACUUUGCCCGGGGCUUGGAGCAGCAGCUUCCAGAUGGCCUGGUGGUGGCCACUGUCCCGCUGGAGAACCAGUGCCAGGAGCAGAUCUCUGAGCCCACACCUGACCCAGGCUUUCUGACUGGGAUGGUGAAUUUCAGCGAGGUGUCUGGAUACCCGUUGCUGCAGCACUGGAAGGUGCGUUCCGUCAUGUACCACGUCCGGCUCAACCAGCUGGCCAUCUCCCAGUCUUUCAGCAACGCCCUCCAUUCUCUGGAUGGAGCCACCUCCCGAGGCGAUUUCGUGGCCCUGCUAGACCAGUUUGGCAACCACUAUAUCCAGGAGGCAGUCUAUGGCUUUGAGGAAUCCUGCUCCAUCUGGUAUCCCGAUAAGCAGGUCCAACGGCAGCUCUGGCUGGAGUACGAAGACAUAAGCAAAGGCAAUUCCCCCUCUGAUGAGUCUGAGGAGCGAGAGCGGGACCCCAAGGUUCUCACCUUCCCCGAAUACGUCGCCAGCCUGUCCGAGUCGGGCACCAAGCGGAUGGCAGCUGGGGUCCGCAUGGAGUGCCAGAGCAGAGGCCGCUGCCCUUCCUCAUGCCCGCUCUGCCAUGUGACUUCGAGCCCGGACGUGCCGGCCGAGCCAAUUCUGCUGGAGGUCACCAAAGCAGCGCCCAUCUAUGAGCUGGUCACCCACAACCAAACCCAGAGGCUGUUGCAGGAGGCCACCAUGAGCACCCUGUGGUGUUCCGGGAGUGGGGAUGUCAUCGAAGACUGGUGCCGUUGCGACUCGAGUGCUUUUGGUGCCGACGGGCUCCCGGCCUGCGCGCCCCUCCCACACCCGGUGCUGCAGCUCUCCACCGUGCAUGAGCCCAGCAGCACCUUGGUGGUGGUGGAAUGGGAGCACUCAGAGCCGCCAAUCGGAGUGCAGAUCGUCGAUUACCUCAUCCGUCAGGAGAAGAUCACCGACCGGAUGGAUCAUUCCAAAGUGGAGACCGAGACGGUGCUGAGUUUGGUGGAUGACAUCAUCUCCGGAGCCAAAUCCCCCUGCGCAAUGCCGGCACAAGUACCCGACAAGCUGUCCACCACCAUCUCCUUGAUCAUUCGCUGCCUGGAGCCUGACACCACCUACACGUUCACGCUUUGGGGAGUUGAUAACACGGGGAGACGCUCCAGGUCAAGUGAUGUGACGGUCAAGACCCCCUGCCCGGUGGUAGAUGACGUGAAGGCUCAAGAAAUAGCAGACAAGAUCUACAAUCUCUUCAAUGGCUACACCAGCGGCAAGGAGCAGCAGACAGCCUACAACACUCUGCUGGACCUGGGCUCGCCCAGCCUGCACCGGGUCCUCUUCCACUACAACCAGCACUAUGAGAACUUCGGGGAGUUCACCUGGCGGUGUGAAGACGAAUUAGGACCCAGGAAGGCCGGCCUCAUUCUCUCCCAGCUUGGGGACCUCAGCAGCUGGUGCAACAGCCUCCUUCAGGAGCCCAAGAUCAGCCUCCAGCGCACGUCACUCAGGUAUCUCGCCUGCCGCUACAGUGAGAUCAAGCCGUAUGGACUUAACUGGUCAGAGCUGAGCCGGGACCUCAAGAAGACAUGUGAAGAGCAAGCGCUAAGCGUCCUCUAUAAUGACUAUGGAGACAAAGACAACUGAGGGGUUGAGGAACCACUCUCAGGCCCCUAAGAGGCAAGUGGGAGAAAAGCGCAUUUAUGGGAGUUUUAUAAAUGGAUCUGCAGGAGGUCACUGAAAUCUCCCAAGACAAAACUUAAACCAGGGAGGGAAACUAUUGCUCUUUGCAGGACUUACCUGGUAUUAGACUCUUCAACACAGCCAAUAGCCUUUCUAGUUGGAGGUCUUGUGAGACCCAGUUUUUGUUUGUUUUGCUCAUUUUACCAAGAGGUUCCUUGGACUGUGUAGGUGAACACAUACUCCAGAAUGAAAGAUACACUUUUAAGGUUCCAGCCCACGACUCCCACCUACAUUCCCCAUGCAGCAUGAACCUCAGUUUCCAAGGAGAACAAAAUCAGAACAACAGAAGCCAGGCAGGGAGAGGAAUCUCCUCUUUAGAAUUAAUAGACCCAGCCUCUCAAAUAACAUCAGGUCUGGGAAAGCAGAAAGAGGGCAUGAGCGUCCAAUUUUGCUCUUCCCCAUAAGGAUCCAGCUCUGAGAUUAGAUCUGAUAACAAAAAAAUGGCUGUGGUUGUAAAGGACAAGCUCUGGACUGCAGCAGCAAUAAUCUUCGAACCAUCUGAGGGUAGGGAGGGCUUGUCGCACCCUUCUCCUGCCCCCUUCAUUCCUUGCUCAUUCUCUAGAGUCCCUGAUCUUGGCUCUGUGCUGGGAUCCUGCAAGGUCCUUCCAGUUUGUAGUCAGCCCCAAAUGGCAUGUGGGGGUGGUCACUGAGGUUAACAGGGCCAUAGCAAUGUACUUUUCCCUGGACCGCAUUUGUGCCCUUUUUUGCCACAAUAACAGCUGCUAAGCAGUGAUGAGUUUGGGCAGAGCUCUGGCUAAAAUGUAGAUGCUUGGGGAGCAUUUACCCUGGCACCAAACCUCAGUCCAUGGCACAGUAUCAGCUUCAAAGGUGCCACCCAGCGUGACCAGUAGGAUGUGGGGAAGGGAGGGUGAGAUUGGAAACUGUGGGAUUGUUUUCACUUUGCAGUAGGGGUCGUCUCCUUAUCUUCAGAUCCCUCUCCACUUAGCGGAAAGUGAAACUCCACCCCGAGUGUGGAAUGCAUUGCGGGGUGGGGGGGAGGAGCCAAGAACACACACCUAGGAGCAGACAGCUACCUACUGAAGAGAUGCAGUCUAACCCUUGGGAAAUCCCUUCUAAAAACCUGAUCUUUGGCUUAUUCUUUCAUGAAAGGUGAAGCAUUUGAAAAGUGACGUCAGUAGAGCACCUGGGAUGAAUCUGGCUCUUUUAAGAGCGCCUCCCACCCACACCCCCAGAAUAGGGCUGAUCUUACCUUGUUUGAUUGCUCUUUCUUGCCACAGCUCGUUGAGGUUGCUGCAGCAUGAGGCAUAGUUCAGCACCCACCAGCCACAGCUGUUCCCUGCCCCUGCUCAACAGCUGAUGGGGGGCGGCUCGGGAAGGGGCUUGGGUGAGGGUGGAGAGUGGUGGGGGGUUAGGAAGAGGCAGCGUGCAGGUGGGGCCUUGGGGUAAGGGGUGCAGUGGGGGUGUGGCCUUGGGGCAAAGCGGGGGUGGAGCACUCCCAGGGAAAAGGAAAAGAAGGCACCUGUGACACGAGGGGCAAACCCCUGAGGGGACUGACAUAAGUCCUGUGUUUGUACAAGAAUUCACGCCAUGGCAGCAAGGAUCUUCACCUCUACUUCACUGUUUUAAACUCCCAUUAGCACUAGGGGAGAUGGGGCUUAGUUCAGUUCCAGUUCAGUGGCAGACAGCAUCUUUAUUACCAGUGAUGAUCAGAGAGGGAGAAAGACUCUCCAGUCCCGGAGUGAGGCUACAGAGGUGGCAGGUAGAGAAACACUCUUUGACCUUGCCAGCUGAGAACUUUUGAUUUGGAACAACUGUGAGAUGAACAUGGGGGCCCCAUGAUGGAAUAUUUAUAGCAGUUUUCAAAGUAGAAUCUCCUUUUAAUAUUUUAGUGCUGGCAGAAGCCAUCUGAACCUACACAUUAUGCUUUCCUGCCACCCUUCUUUUCGCCCACUAAGUGCCAAGGACACAAAUCUGUUUGUUUUGUAUCUAGUGUGGAGUUAAAGAGCUCUACCCACAGCCAACAGCCUUACCUAACAGUAUUUGCAUAUCAGCAACCACCAUGCCCGGAGAAUUUUGCACAUUAGAUAUGUCAGCUCUUCGGACCUUUUUCAGACAGGCAGAUGCAAGAUAAAACUCCCUCUGGCAUGACAGUAGCAUUAUAACGUAUUGCCAGUUGUGUGGACAAACUUGACCUCAGGAGAGCUGACUUAGACUGGUGAGUUGAGAAGACCACCCAGUACCAUAGUUAGACCAUUACCUGGAAGAGUAACAGUUAGGUACUAAAUGCAGCCAACGAGCAGCUCCAUGCAAAAGAAAGUCUGCUAUAUGCAACAAAGCAGUGGAAUCCAUACGGAUGCCAGAUCGCACUUUUUAUGCUCUCUGUCAUAAAGGUCUUAUACCCUUCUGCCCCCAGCAGUAGACACUCAUUGGUGCUUUAAAUGCCUUGCAUGAUGCUCUUGCCCAGCUGGGGAGACGGGAAAGAGAUUUUAGAAGCUCCAAGGUGGCUUAUGCCCCAGACCUGAGGGCUGAUUUCUCUUCUAAAAUCAUCUCCACUUGCAGAGUCCCAGGUGUUAUAAAAACACUUGAACUAACCUUGGCCCGUAUCGCGCUCAUGCUUAGUUAUUUGUCUCCCUGCCCCUCAGGGCCAAUGCAUCCCUCUCAAGCCACUUUACAAAGCAAGGAUAAGCUAGCUGCCAGGAAGCUAAUCUUGAAGCACUCAUUGGUACGCUUGGCUAUAAUUCAUACACAGCCCUGGAUAUUUAAGCUGGGUUCAGUGAGGUGGAAUCUGGGCCAAGACACCUGGGUUUAUCUUACUCUUUUCAGCAAAUGCCAGGACAGCUUUGGAUUUCACAUGGGCAGCCCCCGGGGGAUGGGCAAAAGAGACGUUAGCUUGAUAUCUUCUCUGAAGGACCCUUAAACACAUAUGUCUUUGGCCCAGAAGUGAGUUUGUUUCUCACCAAGCAGUACUGCAUACGUGGCAUUUUUAUGAGAGAGAGACUUUUCCUCUCUAUAGCAGCCUCAUCCCCCUUCUAUCACUUCCCAGGUGCACAGUGUAGGAGGCAGGGUUGGUCAGCCUAGAGAGUGGGAUUCUGCCAAGAAACCCCUGCGUCUGCCAGACACUGGGCACUCACACCUGCCGAGGUAACUGAUUUGUCCCAUCCAUGACUUGUGUCUGGGCUUCACAGCCAUUUCCAGAUUGCUUCUGCUCUUCACAUUGAAAUACUUGCAUCACAGAGCCCCCCACCAGGCAGCCCUGCCUUCCCAAGAAGCCCCUGUCUUAUCACAGUGACUACACAUGGCAACACCUUAAUUGGUUAUCCAGUCCAGCUCAUGGCCAGAAUAGGAGUCUCUUUGGUACUGUGUCCCCUGUACGCUCCAGCUCUUUGGCUAGUUCACUUUUUAAAAGGACUAAGGCAUUGGGGUUUCUAGCAGACCUCUAUGGUUGACCUCACAGGAGAUUGUUGCUUGCUGAGCUUGGCAUACCACCUUGCGACACCACCGUAAGCCCACCUUGCAAGUGUUGGGACAGCAUGAGUACCUGCUGCUGUUUUAGUUAUUUGAAUGACAGGAGCACCCCAAAAGGCCACACGAGGAACAUUUAUUGAUAUUACACUGACACCUGGAUGCUCCAACUGAGCCGGAGUCCCCAUUUUGCUGGGUGGUGAACACCUGCAGAGCUAGUGCUUACAAUCUAAGCAGACAAAGGGUGAGAGGGGCAUUGACUUGCCCAACAGCACACAGGAGGACAGUGGCGGAGCCACAUCUAGAACCCUGCUCCCAGUCCAGGGCCCUACCCACUAGACUCUGCUGCCUGCCUGUGGUGCUGAACAGAAGCAGGAGUGUCACCCACUUACAAUCAUCAUUUCCCUAGCACCAUUUCCAUGCAUGGCCCUUCCAGGUGAGGUGCAUCAAGGGACGCAACAGCACCUCUUGCUGGUGCAGGAUAAGGUGAGAAGGCCUUGGAACCCAAUGACACGUCCCCCUCUUCCCAGCCCUGCACAAUUGAGAACACAAGAGGAGCGGCUGGAGGAGGAGGAGGACAGACUGUCACAGCUCAGCGCUGUCUUUUGCAGAGGUCCCCUAAGGCACAGGUUUUAAUGCCAGUUUCUUUAUUCUUAUGGGGUCUGGUUUCCUUGGUGGGAUCAUGACCCUGGUUGAACUUUAUGGCAGCUAAUCCUGAAUUAACACUUCAACAGAUGCUUUAAGCCAUGGAACAUUUUAAACCAGACCUGGCUAUGUAUUACAGUGUCCUGGCACCAAACACAAGCAUCUGCAGGGCAGCCCAGCAGCGUUGCAAUUGCACGUGACCUGCUGAUCAAAUCACUCAUUGAUUUCCAUGGAGACCACUGGCUUCUAGGCCACUGAUGUACACCACCUGGAAGUCUGGCCCCAAAAGUUCCAGGUUCCAGAUUCACAAAAAGUACUUAGUUGUUUGACUCCCCUUGAAAUCACUGGGCAAUAGGUGCCUAAAUACCUUUGUGCAUUUGGGUCACAUACCACAUUUGCUUAUGGGGGAAAUUCUUAAUUGCAACUGGGUUUUGUCAACGGCGAUGAUAGACGCGCGGAAAAUGACAUUAACAAAGUAUUAACCCUUAAAAAGGCGGCAUUGACCGUGCUGCCAACCAAAUGCAUGCUUUUAUAUGUCUGUGGCCACAGUCUCCCCCUCCCUUCCUUUCCUCCCGCAUUAACGGCGGAUGAUUCACUUGAGCCGAACCUCUGAGUUGUUUUCUUGGCUGUAGCUGUACUACUGUAAUAGCAUUAAUAUCUUUUACUUGUUGUGCAGUUAUUUAACAUGACGAUGGUUGGGCUGGUUUUUGUGGGUUUUACUUUUUUUUAAUUACUACAGUUGUUUCUUGAUGUUCUGUUAGAACGCUGUGAUGUUUUACUACUGUAGAUUGAAAGUGGGAUGAGGGGGCGGGGAGACAUGGCAAAAUCAUAAGGAAUUACAGUAUUAUUUAAAAACGGUUUUAAAAAAAGAAUUGUAACGCUGUGUAAAAAUCCAGAUGAAAAUUUAAGUGACUAUUAAACAGAGCUGUUAGUAA